CGUUUGGAGAGCAACAUGAAGGGACUAUCACUUGUGUGUGCCGUAUUGGUGGCUGUGAUCGGAGGCAGCAGUGCCGCUUCCAUCCGCAAAGUGACUGUGAUGAGCGCAACAUGCCAGGGAGCGUCCGGUCCAUUUCCGAACCCCAACAGCUGCAGGAGCUUCCUGCAGUGUGAGCCAUCAGGCGUAGCCACGGUCAUCCCGUGCCCAGCAAACCUCGAGUUCAAUCCAAAGCUGAGGGUGUGCGACUUCCCAGAGCGAGCUGGCUGCUCUUCAUCCUCGUCUGCUCCUGCUGACGACGACAAUGGCAAUGAAACUGGUGAUGGCUCAAACGAUAGUGGAGUUUCACCUGCGCCACCAUCUGACGACGUCCCCACUUGUCCAGAAUGGAAUCCAGAUGACGUCACCCAGCUUCCCAAUCCAAAGGACUGCAGCAGCUUCUACAAGUGCGACGAGAACGGCGUUGCCUGGCUUAUUCCAUGCCCAGCCGGCCUACAGUACAAUGCAGAGCUAAGGGUGUGUGACUACCCAGAAAAUGCUGGUUGCUCGACGUCGUCCUCACCAAGCAACCCUCCUGAUGAUACUCCUUCCGAGGGAGAGCAGGAUGACGGAAAUUCAGAGGGAGGCAGUGACAUAAAUCCACAACCACCCACUGGAGUUGCUCCCAGUUGUCCAGCAUGGAAUCCAGACGAUGUCACCCAGCUUCCUAAUCCCAGUGAUUGCAGCUCCUUUUACAAGUGUGACGAGAAUGGUGUGGCUUGGCUCAUACCAUGCCCAGAUGGUCUUGAAUACAAUGCCAAGCUGCGAGUCUGUGAUUAUCCCGAAAGUGCUGGCUGCUCAUCAUCAGCUGCUCCAAGUAUCCCAUCUGGUGACGAAUCCUCUGAUGGCGAUCAGAACAACGGAAAUACUGACUCUGGUAACGGAGAAAGCCCACAACGACCACCUGGAGAUGCUCCCACCUGUCCAGCAUGGAAUCCAAAUGACGUCACCCAACUGCCUAACCCCAGUGACUGUAACAGCUUCUACAAGUGCGACGAGAACGGUGUGGCGUGGUUGAUCCCGUGCCCAGCUGGCCUGCAGUACAACGCCGAGCUGAGGGUGUGUGAUUACCCUGGACAUGCUGGUUGUUCCGUCUAAAUUUUUUUGUGGACUGCCUUAAGAUGAUAUCUCCUAGAUCUGCAUUAUUGUGGUACUGGUUACUUUAGAUAAGUAUUUAAGAAUGCUAUUUGACCUGUGCUGUUCGUGAUUAAUUUGUAUUAUUUAUUGCCUGAUGUCUCACGACGCAGUCCUGGAAAAGAAUAAGAUUUAUGUAUUAAGCUGUUGUAAU